AUGCCGGCAGUGAUCAAGGCCUAUGUGCGCUGGGUCGAUCGCAUGUCCGACUUCGUCGGCAUCGUCGCCAUGUAUCUGAUCUUUCUGAUGAUUGGCAUUCUGCUGAUCGAUGCGAUCUGGAACAAUGUCAUCGGUUUCCCGAUCCACUGGGGCAUCGAGGCGACCCAGUUCACGCUCGCCGCCUAUUACUUCAUGGGCGGCGCCAUGACGCUCAAGAACGACAGCCAUGUCCGGAUGGAUCUGUUCUAUGACCGCCUUUCCGAGCGCGGCAAGGCCAAGCUCAAUCUGAUCACCAUGAUCUGCCUUCUGUUCUAUCUCGGCGUCAUGCUGUUCGGCUCGAUCUCUAGCUUGCAAUACGCCAUCGAGACCGGCGAGCGACGGUUCUCGAUGUGGAACCCCUCGAUGAUCCCGAUCAAGGCGCUGAUGGUCGGCUGCAUCGUCCUGAUGAUGCUGCAGACGAUCUCGCUUGUCUUCAAACACAUCGCCACGCUGCGCCGGGUCGAACUGUCAUGA